GUGAAGAGUCAGUUGCAGGUUCAUCGACUGAUGGCCACAAUUAAUUGGAUUUUAAAUGUUUAUUAUUGAUAAUAUAUUUAUAGAAAAUAGGCCAGCUGUCGACGCUGGUCAUAAACGGAGACUAUAAUUCCAAGAGGGGUGUGAAUCGUGUUAGCUUGUUUGUAUGUGGCAAUAACCGGGUAAAUAAGCUAGCUAACGUUAGCAAUGGUUCUAAUGAUGGAAUCGCAAUGCGAAUAUUUUAUGUAUUUCCCUGCUGUUCCCAUCACGGACCUUUCCGACCCGUCAAAAUACCGAACUCUCCCCCGUCGCAGUCACCUCUAUCUCGGCGAGACCGUGCAGUUCUUGUUGGUCCUGCGGUCCAGAGAUGAAAGGUCGGGUUCGGACGGGACAAAGGGAAACGGGGAUAGUGACUGCGGUACCCGGGCUUGGAAGGAGCUGGUAGGGUCCCUCUCCGCUGUAGCAAGUGUGUGCCCUGGCGAGAGCCGACAUCGCUCCCAACUUCACCCCCACGAGUUCCAGAGAAGCUACAGCGACGACGGUGCAGACGAGGACCUCGACGAGGUCGACUUUGCUGCGGGUACAGUCCAUAUAGGCAGAAGGGAGUCCAGGAACCGAGGCUUCAGAGAAUGCAAGCCGCUUCUCAUUCACAAUAACACGGGGAGUGAUGGGCGGCAGUAUCGGCGGGCACCGAUGCAGUCACCCAUGGACAAGCCGGUGGUACUGAACGAUGAGGUCAUCUUUCCUCUGACCGUCUCAUUGGACAAACUCCAUGUCAACACGCUCAAGGUCAAGAUCGUAGUGACAGUGUGGAAGCAAGAGAAGGAGAAGGCAGAGAUCAGGGAACAUGGUUACCUCACCAUCCUACAGCUGAGGAGUCCCACACACACCUUCAGACAGGACCUCAACACCUUCAAGGCCCAGGUCAGCACCACCCUGAGUGUUCUUCCUCCUCCGACUGUGAAAUGUCAACAGAUUACCGUCUCCGGGAAGCACCUGACCCUUCUCAAAGUAUUAAACUCCAGUUCCCAGGAGGAGGUGUGUGUUAGGAACGUGAGGGUUCUUCCUAACUUCAACGCGUCCUACCUCCCCAUGAUGCCUGAUGGCUCUGUACUCCUCGUCGACAAUGUCUGCCACCAAUCAGCGGAAGUUACCAUGGCAUCAUUCCACAGAAUGAACAGUAGCUCCUCCCACCUUCCCAGCAUGCUCUCUGCCCUGGAGGAGCAGAACUUCCUGUUUCAGCUGCAGCUCAGAGACCAGCCAGAGGAAGAGUCCAGUGAGGGUCUGGAGGUUCCAUUGGUGGCUGUGCUGCAAUGGUCUACCUCUAAGCUUCCAUUUACCAGGUACAUUUCGACCCACUACCAGCUACCCAGUGUGAGACUGGACCGCCCCCGUUUGGUGAUGACAGCUUCUUGUCAGAGUUCCGUGAGGCCGCUGGAGCACUUCCGGGUCAAAUACACCCUCCUCAACAACCUGCAGGACUUCCUGGCUGUACGCCUGGUCUGGACACCCGAAGGACGUGGUCGGCAGGAGGACCCGUCAGCGAGUUCUGUGGUGUGUCACUCCCCCCUCAACAACUUGGGACAAUGUCGGAAAGGAUCCACCCUCUCCUUCACAGUUGCCUUCCAGAUUCUCAAGGCAGGACUGUUUGAGGUACCAACACACUCACACUCACGUCCGGUCCGGUCCGGUCUGGUCUUGUCUUACCAAACAUUACUCACUCACCCUCCUCUUCCUUUCCAGUUAAGCCAGCACAUGAAGCUGAAGCUCCAGUUCACAGCGUCCUGUUCCAACCCUCCUGCUGAGGCCAGGCCCAUGUCUCUGUCCCUGUCCCGUCACAACUCUCCCUCCAGCCCUGCUGUUAGAGACCUGCUGGACAGACAGAGUCUGGGACGGUCACAGAGCUUCUCUCACCAACAACCCUCACGGUCACAUCUUAUGAGGACGGGCAGUGCUAUGGAGCGCCGGGCCAUCACUCCUCCAGUGGGAUCUCCAGUGGGGCGACCCCUCUACCUCCCCCCCGAACGCCCCGUCCUCUCACUGGAUAAGAUCGCCAAGAGAGAGUGUAAGGUAUUGGUACUGGAACUUGGAAGAGACUGGGAGAGGGAGGGAGGGAGGAAUGAGGUAGAGAGGAAAUAAGAGAUGUAAUGGGAGAUUUAGAGUGGGGGGGGGGGGGGGACAUUUCUCAUUGAGCAUUUCAUCCAACCUGAAACAAAACGCAAAAACUGUUUCACACAAAAAUACAGACCACAGUCACCACACUGAAUGACUUACUCUACAUGAUCCACAUCAUUUCAAGACACCGGAGGAGUUACUUUCGACACAAUUCUUAUUUUAUUUUUUUGAAACUAUUAUUUCAACAUUCUGUUUUAUUCCUUGUUUUAUGUCUUGGUGUGUAAUUAAAUAUGUAAAUAACUGUUUUACACCAAAAAACAUCAGCUAGAUCUGCAGUAAUAUUUGGGCUGCCAUUUAACGUGAAAUUCACAGGGUUUGGUUCAUUAAUAAACUUUUAAUAUAUUGUCUAACUAACACUGUUCUGCAUGCGACAUGUUUGAUGUAAAACUUUGGAUGUUAAAGCUCGAGUCCUUGAGUCAAGCAAUAACAAGCUUCACCCCGCCUCUGUUUUUGUGUAAAAAGCUUUGGGAUAGGCCUGGAGUGAUGUAACCACUGUCAUAGACAGAGCUAUGGAUGCAAGGACUGACAUUCUAUGAUAUCAACAUUAUAAUUUAGCCAUGUUUUGAGGCUGUACAGUGUUUUGUUUACAUUGUUUUACUCCAAUGUUUGUAAGGAAACGUAUAUUUUGGGUUCUGAUGGGGUACUGCUGCUCAUGAGGCAUUUAUAAUAUUCUUCAAGAAUCAAUGGGUAUAUAUAAUUCAGAAGUAAAACACAAUUGAUGUAGCAACUAAGGAUUUUAGCUUUAACAAAAGCACCAGGAUGACCCAGAGAAUGGGCUGAGUUCAGUGUCAUUGUGGAAAAACUGUAGUUUCAUUCUUGUUACAAUGUGUUGUAGUUUAGUGACUAAGGGCCACAGUCUCUACACUGAAUUUAAAAGGUUUCAUAUUUUGUCUUUACACUGGCUAUCAGAGAUUUUGUGUUUAUGCUAAGUGUAUUUGUCUGAUUUUGAUUAUUUUAUUUUGUCAGCAUUGGCUGCUGCUUAAAAAUCUAACAUCUCAUCUCCUUAGUACACUACAUAUUAGUACACACUCCAUGAUAGGGCAUAAUCCUGCAUCCUUUUCAGUCAUUUGUCUUUCCUUUGCGUCCCUAUACAACCUACAGUCUAAUGGAGUUAACAAUGGUGGAAACUCUCUCCAAUCCAAUACUUUCACAUCCAAGCCGGGAAAUUGUGCAAGUGCACAUUUUGGGAGAAGUGUGGAGAAUUGGGACAUAACCUGCCACUGUGGUUCACAGCUGUUAAAGCGUUGACUGGUUGAGCCUGUUGAUCGUUGUGGUCAUUCACACUUGACCUUAUUAUUAGGGAUUUAGUCCUCUUGGUGCAUUAUAAUAGUGCAUUAUUUAAAGUCAGUCCCUGUAGAUGUUUUCAACUGUUUCAAUUUGUGUUAUGAACGAUCGUGGUGUGUGUGUGUUGUAUGCUUCUGAAUGAGCCUAAAACACUGGAUGUAUAUUGUAUUUUCAUUUUAUUUUCUGGUUCAUAAACCAAUAGGAAUGGCCAAGAGGUAUCUAUUCCCGAUGUAAAAGACAAUGUGAUAUUCGGUGGGGACAUUUCAAACAAUCUGACAAAAUGUGACUGUCUACUGAGUGGUAUGCCUCAUUUUCCCUGGACACAAACUACUUUAUUGUGUAUCCUUUGUUCAUUUCUAUAUCUUGUCAAGAAGGACAUAAGAGACUUGAGUAGAGGAUGUAGUUUGCUAUUAUCGUGUUUGUUUUUUGUUCUAUUUCUGAUUAAAAAACUCAUUGCAUUGUUGGAAAAGGACCCGUAAAUAAGCAUUUCACUGUUAGUCUCCACCUUUUUUUAAUUUCACUGUUAGUCUCCACCUUUUUUAAUUUCACUGUUAGUCUCCACCUUUUUUAUUCCGAAGCAUAUGACAUUUUUUGUUGUUGUUGAUUCCAGACUUUGUUUAAGGCUAGUGAUAGAUCAUUGGUAAAGAAUAGAGAACAGUAAAGGACCGAGACAGCUGCCUUGCAGAAUACCACAUUUCCAUUAAAGAAGACCCACUGUGUUAUAUUGGAUAGAUACAGUGCAUUCGGAAACUAUUCAGACCCUUUUACUUUUUCCACAUUUUGUUACGUUACAGCCUUAUUCUAAAAUGGGGAUUACAUUGUUUUUUCCCCCUAAUCAAUCUACACACAAUACCCAAUAAUGACAAGGCAAAAACAUUUUUUUAGAAAAACCUAUUCAGACCCUUUACUCAGUACGUUGUUGAAGCACCUUUGGCAACGAUUACAACCUAGAGUCUCUGCAGAUCCUCUGAAACUCUGUCAGAUUGGAUGGGGAGUGUCGCUGCAGAGCUAGGUCUCUCCAAACAUGUUCAAUCGAGUUCAAGCAUGGCCUCUUGCUGGACCACUCAAGGACAUUUGGAGACUUUUCCCGAUGUUGUCUUGGCUGUGUGCUUAGGGUUGUUGUCCUGUUGGAAGGUGAACCUUCCCCGAGUCUGAAGUCCUGAGCCAUCUGGAGCAGGUUUUCAUCAAGGAUCUCUCCGUACUUUGCUCCAUUCAUCUUUCCCUCGAUCCUGACUAGUCUCUCCAGUACCUGCCGCUGAAAAACAUCCCCACAUCAUGAUGCUGCCACCACCAUGCUUCACCGUAGGGAUGGUGCCAGGUUUCUUCCAGACGUGAAGGUUGCCAUUCAGGUCAAAGAGUUCAAUCUUGGUCUCAUCAGACCAGGGAAUCUUGUUUCUCAUGGUGAGAGUCAUUUAGGUGCCUUUUGGCAAACUCCAAGCGGGCUGCCAUGGCCUUUUACUGAGGAGUGGCUUCCAUCUGGCCACUCUACCAUAAAGGCCUGAUUGGUGGAUUGCUACAAAGAUGGUUAUCCUUCUGGAAGGUUCUCCCAUCUCAACAGAGGAACUCUGGAGCUCUGUCAGAGUGACUAUCGGGUUCUUUAUCACCUCCCUGACCAAGGCCCUUCUCCAUGAUUGCUCAGUUUGGCCAGGCGGACAGCUCUAGGAAGAGUCUUGGUGGUUCCAAACUUCAUCCAUUUAAGAAUGAGCGAGGCCACUGUUCUUAGGAACCUUUAAUGCUGCAGAAAUGUUUUAAUACCCUUCCCCAGAUCUGUGCCUCGACACAAUCCUGGCCUGGAGCUCUACGGACAAUUCCUUUGACCUCAUGACUUGGUUUUUGCUCUGACAUGUACUGUCAACUGUGGGACCUUUUAUAUAGACAGGUGUGUGCCUUUCCAAAUCAUGUCCAAUCAAUUGAAUUUACCACAGGUGGACUCCAAGUUGUAGAAACAUCUCAAAGAUGAUCAAUGGAAUCAAUAUGCAGCUGAGCUCAAUUUCGAGUCUCAUAGCAAAGGGUCUGAAUACUUAUGUAAAUAAGGUAUUUCUGUUUGUUUUUUUAUACAUACAUUUGCAAAAUAAUCUAAAAACCUGUUUUUACUUCGUCAUUAUGGGGUAUUAUGUGUAGAUUGAUGAGGAUUGUUUUAUUUAAUAAGGCUGUAAGGUAACAACAUGGGGGAAAAGUCCAGGGGUCUGAACACUUUCCGAAUGCACUGUAACUGUCAACCCAUAGUAGAGUAGAGAAUGUAGGCUUUGCUGUUAUCUUGUUUAUCAUGAUUUAUUUAGUGUGUUUUUAUUUACCUUGAAAACAGCCCCAUUCCAACUGCAUUUCCGUUGUUCCCUUGUUUCCUUUGUCAGACAAAAAGUUGUCAUAACAUUUCCAUUCCUUUGUGAUUUGAAAUUAAUUUAUUUCCACUCAGACCAAAGUAACUCAUAAUUGCAUUGUUUAUGUAUAUUUUGGACUUAUUUUUAAUGGUAAUUUUUUUUAAGCACUUUAUUUACAUUUGAAUUGUAUUGUUCAUGGUUCCUCGGACACACAAACACAAGCAAUGCCUUGAAUGCAAACGUCGUUGGCAAAAAGUGUUUUGAAUUUGCAACAAACAUGUUGGAAAAAAGUGUUUUUGGUCACUCCUAGUUUGUUGCACUGACUGAAUAAAGACGAUUGGAAAGAU